UACGGAUACACACACUUUUACAAAUCGACGCGAUGAAUAUCGAAAAUUUCCUCAUUUGUGAAUGAAAUACAUAAAAGCGUAAGCGUCGGAAAAUUAGAGAAAAAUUUAGAAGGAAAAAAUCUGAAAGGAAAUAAUCGAUUUUCUACCAUAAAAUAAUUAUUAAUAUCUCAUCAAAAAAGGCGAUUGUCUACUUGUGUUAAUAUAGAGAAAAUUUUAUCGAUCUGCUGCUUUACAUAUUUCUCCUAUGUAAAUAGUUACUACCAACCAAUAUGGCGGACGAUGAACAGUUUUCAUUGUGUUGGAACAAUUUUAAUAGUAAUCUUUCUGCGGGUUUCCACGAAUCAUUAUGCCGCGGCGAUUUAGUCGAUGUAACAUUAGCGGCAGAGGGACAAUUUGUAAAGGCUCAUCGCCUUGUGCUAUCUGUAUGUUCACCGUAUUUUCGUAAAAUGUUCACACAAAUGCCAGCAAAUCAACACGCCUUUGUUUUUCUCAAAGAUGUUAGUCAUACGGCCCUAAAGGACCUCAUUCAGUUUAUGUACUGCGGUGAGGUGAAUGUUAAGCAAGAAGCUCUACCAGCAUUUAUAAGUACAGCAGAGGCUCUACAAAUCAAGGGUCUGACGGAUAGUGAUCCACCGCCAUCUCAAACACCGCCUGAACCUUCAACACCUACGCCGCAGUUACCGCAACAAAUUCAAACAUCUCCGCGUGUACGACAACGCCCAUCGGCGGCAACUCGUCCUUAUAAAAUUGAAACUGUUGAUGAUGGAGGUGAUGAUAGCGGCAAACAAACCACACAAAUAGUCAUACAAACAACAGCGACAGCAGCUCCACAGGCUACAAUGACGGCUCAAGCGCAAACUGCUCAGCCAACACAUCUGCAAACGCAGCAGCAGCAACAACACAUCCAAAGUCAGUUAACCAGCGUUAGCAUGCCAACAGCUACAACAGCCACUGUGGUCACCCAUAAAAGACCCGCCCAACGUACAAGUCUUAGCAGCGUGCCGCAUGUUAAACGCACUAAAAGUACAAUAGAUCCAUUGGAAGGUGCGGACGCGACUACAACAACUCAACAAAUCAGUGUACAAACUGCCGUUGUAACCGAAUCGAAGGCACAGGUUCAACAACAGCAGCAGCAACAACAAAGUGAACCUGAAUAUAUUGACUUGCCAAUCGAAUUGCCGACAAAAUCUGAACCAGAUUAUGCUGACGAGACGGGCGAAGUCGAUCAAGCGGAAGGUGACACGGCCUAUGUAGAAGAUGAAUCUUAUGGCGACAUGCGUUAUGAUGAAAGCUAUUUCACAGAAAACGAAGAUGCGGCACCAACAGCACCUACUAAUGUUAGCGUUAGCAAUACCCCAACUGGGACGACAAGUAGUGGCAAUAACGCCGUUGGCGCCACCACUUCCAAGGCUAUUGUGAAACAACAAACCACCUCGUUUUCGGAUACAUCGUACGUUGAUACCGGUGAUCAAACAAACAAUGAUGCACAAGGCGGCAGCAUCCUAAAGUAUAUCUACAGUCAACGUGGACAUCCCUUGAUUGUACUAAACAAUUAUUUAUAUCGUAAAAACCGUGGCAAAUACUGGCGAUGCUUAGUAUCUUAUAAAUAUGGCUGUAAAGCCAGCCUAGUGGUUGAUGCGACUGAAGUUAAAGUCAUGGGCAAACAUAACCACGUUGAAGAUCUAAGAAAGAUAUCCCAAUAUCGAAAAAUAGGUCAACCUUUACAGCAAGCGUUGCACGCAACUAAGACCAAGGAAGAAUUGAAAAGUGUAGUAAAAAAAAGAAAAUGCAAAAAAUCGUAAAGAAAAAAGAUAAUAAAUGCAAGUGGAAGAAAGGAAUUUAAGUGAAAAUUUUCACUUUCACGCCACUAUUUACCAUAGUAAGCUUAAUUGGGAUCAUUUUAUCGUAAAUUAGAUAGCUUUAAGAGAUCGUAAUAAAAUCGACUUACGCUGAUUAAUAAAAUAUUUAUUCUUUUUGGUUUCUGGCGUUUUUGGUUAUGAAAAGAUCGCAUGAAAUUACUUCUGAUGUAUUCAGUAAGUUCAAAGUCACAUUCUGAUUUAACGAAAUGUCAGCUGCAGCUUUUGACGAAGUUUAAUGGUUUUUGAAACGAGCUUUGUGUUGUUUAAAUGUUUUUACAGGCGCCAAGAACUUUUAAAUUCUCUAUUCAAUCGUCGAAAGCUUCGAUCAGAAGCACGUAAGCUAUCCUUAUUUAUAGGUUCCUUUUAGAGAAUGCUAGAGGAUUUGAUUUUAAAGAAUUUAAUUCUUUAUAAAAUCAUCUUUGAUGGAAAUGUUUUUUUUAAUCUCAGUUCGAGUAAAGGUUAACUUCGCUGGCAUAUGAGUUGUACAAGCAGGGCUACACGUUACAAUAGUGUGUGACCGUUGUUGUCUACUUGCUGAAUUUCUUAUUUGAAACUUAAUGAAUACACUGAUCAAACUGAUUUUCGGAAUUCAAACAAAAACAUGAUAACGCAGUCCAAGAUUUCGCUUCUUGCCUAACGUAUACACGCUAAGUGCUAAGCCAAAUAAUAUAUGUAGGCGUAUACUAACUUUCUCAUUGCCUUUAUAGCAACAAGAAAAACGUAAUCUUCGGCAAGCUACAUAUAUAUUCUUGAUCAGCGGGAGGUUUUGAAAAUAUUUAGCGGAACUCGCUUGUUGUAUCGCUACUUAGAGUGCUAACAAAUAAAUAUACAAUAGAAACAGGAUACUUAUCGUAUAUAAGCGAUGGAGUUCCGUUUACCGUUUUAAUAGGAAAUGGGCCGGAUGCGUCUAAAAUGGCUGAAAAGACAUAAUUUUAUUGUUUCUGCAGCAAGAAUGGAUCUUAAAUUUGGGAAAAGUAUAACUCAGUACCAUCGAAAAGUGACUGACAACGUAUUAAUUGUGUUUAUACAAACUUUAACCUGAAACCCUGCAACGAUAUUUGCUUUUAACGUCUCCAGUCACGGAACAUACCAGCAAAUAGCUGUAGAAGGGAAAUGAAACACUUUGUGUAUUCUUUGACAUAUAUUUAGAAGAAAGUGUAACAUGAACAUUGGAAUUCAAUAAAUUUACACUACAAAAAAUUAAACACUUAACUUUUUCUGUUCAAUAAAACAUUUUGAAUAAGUUUGACAG